GAUGAUUCUUACUUGGAGAGCUACAUCAGCACAAUUGGAGUUGAUUUUAAAAUUCGCACUGUAGAGCAGGAUGGAAAAACCAUAAAGCUACAGAUAUGGGAUACUGCUGGGCAGGAGCGCUUCCGUACAAUUACUAGCAGUUAUUAUCGUGGUGCUCAUGGCAUUAUUGUCGUUUACGAUGUGACGGACCAAGAAAGCUUUAAUAAUGUGAAACAAUGGCUGAAUGAGAUCGACCGCUAUGCAACCGACAGUGUGAACAAGCUCUUAGUGGGCAACAAAUGUGAUUUGACAGAUGAAAGGGUGGUUGCCUAUGAAGCUGGCAAGGCCUUAGCGGACGAGGUUGGCAUCCCCUUUUUGGAGACGAGUGCCAAGGAUGCUACCAAUGUUGAACAAGCAUUCAUGAAAAUGACAUCGGAGAUAAAAAGCCGGUGA